AAAAAUUUGUGGAACACUUGAUCAGCAAUACUCCUUCUCAGAGCACUCUUCCUGUUCAAGAUGUUUGGUGUUGGAAAAGGAUGUAGGAAGUCUGUGGUUCAUUUGUGCAGUUACUGCAGAUUGAUCCAUGGCAGACCUCUCUAUCCUUCGGCGAGGUUUAGGAAAACACUACCAUGGCAACAUGAAUCCACAACUUCAUCAUCACCAUUCUCAACAUCUGACCAGAAUCAUUUAUCCAAAGAUGACAGCAGCGUUGGCAAACCAGAGGAAUCACAUUCGUCAUCAUCAGUAUCAGUAGAUUCAACAUUAGAUACUUCUCCUCAGUUAAGGAUGAAUGCAAUCAACAUUCAGAUGCUCUCAAAGAAUCUUCAUCAACGGAUAUUCAACAGGAAAGCUUCGAGCAGGUCAAAGGUCAAACAGGCUACAGAAACUAAAAACGAUGAACUCCUAGAGAAAACCAAGGAACAUCUUGAGAAUCACAGACUAUGGGGCAAAGAAGGUUCCAUCUUACCUGAUGUUGAUUUCAAACUGCCAAGACUCUUUGGGAGUAGCAUCGAUGAACAUUUCCAGAUUCUUGCCAAUAAACAGAGUGCUUCAUAUCUAGACAUGGCUCAUGAACUGGCAGAAACCCUCCCUCCUCCUAUGCCUGAAGACUGGGUUUUCAAAGAGGGAUGGAUGAAGUAUGUUGAAAACGAGAGCCCUGUUCCUGUUGAUUUUCCUGAAGACCAAAGUCUUGUGUUUGACAUGGAGUGCUGCAUGGCUGAAGGGAAUUUCCCUACUUUGGCUGUAGCAGUUUCAACAAAUGCAUGGUAUUCAUGGUGUAGUCAUCGACUGAUUGAAGAUCAUCUUACACUGUCUCAGAAGCUGGCACUGCCAGACCUCAUUCCUUUAGAGACUAAGAAAGGCUCUACCAAACCACCCAACAAGAAAUGGACAGAGAGACUGAUCGUUGGACAUAAUGUCAGCUUUGACCGGAGCUUUGUCAAAGAACAGUACCUGUUGCAGGGUACAAAGACUCGUUUCCUAGACACCUUGAGCCUUCACAUGUGUGUCUCGGGGCAGACCACCCUCCAGAGGGCGCUUUGGCAGGUCAAUGCACGAGGAGGGGGUGCCACUGCUGCACCCUGGAUCCAGAAAAAGCAUAACAAGAAAUCCUUUGGUGCUCCUGCUACUGCAUGGUUAGCAGAGAGUAGUCCCAACAAUCUGGCUGAUGUGUACAGCCUGUAUAGUGAUGAUGGCAGCACACUUGAUAAGACCAAGAGAGAUACCUUUGUGCAUGGGAGUAUGGCUGAUAUCAGAGCUGACUUUCAGUCUCUAAUGACAUACUGUGCUCAAGAUGUAGCUGCAACACAUAAGGUCAUCAGUAAGCUUCUUCCUAUGUUCAGUGACAGGUUCCCCCACCCUGUGACCUUUGCAGCCAUGCUAGAGAUGGGACAGGCUUACCUGCCGAUCAACCAGAACUGGGAGCGAUACUUGAGAGACGCUCAGGAGACCUUUGACAACCUGCAGCAGGAGAUGAAACAAUCUUUGAUGCACAUUGCCAAUGAUGCUUGUAACAUGCACCACCAAGACAAGUAUCGUGAGGACCCGUGGCUAUGGGAAUUAGACUGGUCUGUGGAUGACUACCGACUCCGGAAGACUAUCCCUCUUUCCGAGAGAGCAAAGAAAAAGAAAAAGGAUGAGGAAUGUUCGAAGGAAAAAGUUGAGAGUGAAGAGGAAGAAAAUGAAGAAGUAAAGGAAGAGACUUGUGUUGAAGAUGUGCUUAGCACAGCAGCAAGAAUCCCUAAAGUGAACCAGCAUAUGACAGGAUACCCUGUUUGGUUUCGAGAGCUGUGCCCCAAGAAGUCCCACGUGGAUUGGUCCCCUGGGCCUUCUUUAAUCAGCUCACAGACCAGGAUUACACCCAAGCUCCUGCGUCUUACAUGGGAUGGCUACCCAUUACACUACACCAUUAAGCAUGGAUGGGGCUACCUUGUACCAGGCAAACCUGAUAGUAGAUAUCAACAGAGGACUGAGCCUGGUCCCUCCUUCCCUUUGAAGAGCCUUCAAGACAUGAUGUCUUCUAGACAAGAAAAGCAAUCAUCUACUCAAUCUGAUGAUGUUCCGAGUGAUAGCAGGACCAAUGAAAGCUCAGCCAAGGUAAUCUCUACAAAGACCUCAAGAUCAGCCCCUAGUCACAGUGGUAGACUUCCUGUCAAAGAUGUCAACAUUCCAGGAUGCUGGUUCUACAAACUACCUCACAAGGAUGGAGCUGAUUCUAAUGUUGGUAAUCCCCUUGCCAAGGACUUCUUGAACAAGGUUGAAGACGGAACCCUUGGAUCUGGAGGCGGGGCUCAGGCCAACAGGAUCCUGGAGAUUAAUAAGUUUAUCUCUUUCUGGAGGAAUGCUCAGAAGAGAAUCAGUUCUCAGAUGGUUGUGCACCUUGAGGGAGGUGAUCUACCAUUGUCAGUCAGAAGAAAUCCUGAUUAUGAUGAAGAUGGUUUCUAUGGAGCAAUCAUACCAAGGGUCAUCACUGCGGGAACAGUCACAAGGAGAGCUGUAGAACCAACAUGGCUGACUGCUAGUAAUGCCAGAACUGAUCGAGUAGGGAGUGAGCUGAAGUCCAUGAUCCAAUGCCCUCCUGGAUAUCAUUUCGUUGGAGCAGACGUGGAUUCUCAAGAACUCUGGAUUGCAGCACUCGUUGGAGAUAAAAACUUUGCAGGUUUCCAUGGUUGUACAGCAUUUAGUUGGAUGAUGUUACAAGGCAAAAAGAAUGAAGGAACAGAUAUGCAUAGCAUGACAGCUUCCACUGUAGGCAUCAGCAGAGACGAUGCUAAGGUGAUCAACUAUGGUCGUAUCUAUGGAGCAGGAGAGAAGUUUGCCAUGAGGCUCUUAAUCCAAUUCAAUCACAGACUCACUCAGGAUGAGGCUCGUCAGAAAGCAAGAGAUAUCUACAUAGCAACGAAAGGAAGACGAUUGUAUCGCCUUUCAGCUACUGGUCAGAGCUUAGCUGAGCAGCUUGACUUGGAUGCAGAGGAGAGCGAUGGUUGGGUCACAUUGGAAGAACUCAAGAUAUUGUCCAAGAAAGCACAAAUCAAAGAGCCUAUCUAUUCCAGUCCACAAAAUAUCGAGAUCACAGAUGGCAGAAAAUGGGAAGGUGGAAGUGAGUCGGCUAUGUUCAAUGGGCUGGAGGAUAUAGCGCAGUCUGAGAAUCCUAGGACACCAGUCUUACAAUGCAGUAUCAGCAGAGCUCUUCAACCUGAUACAGUCAAUAAUGAGUUUCUAACGAGUCGAGUGAACUGGGUGGUUCAGAGUUCUGCAGUAGACUACCUCCAUCUGAUGCUGGUAUGUAUGCGUUGGCUGUUUGAGAUGUACAACAUUGAUGGACGAUUCUGUAUCAGCAUCCACGAUGAAGUGCGUUAUCUAGUCAAGAGCGAGGAUAGAUAUCGGGCCGCUCUAGCUCUUCAGAUCACCAACCUCCUAACUAGAGCUGUCUUUGCAUAUAACAUGGGCAUGAAUGAUCUUCCACAGUCUGUAGCCUUCUUCAGUGCUGUGGACAUUGAUACUGUGCUAAGAAAGGAAGUCACCAUGGAUUGUCAAACACCAUCUAACCCUCAUGGGCUGCAUAGGGGAUAUGGUAUACCAAAAGGAGAGGCUUUGGACAUCUAUGAGAUCCUGAAUCUGACAAAGAACGGAUCGCUGACAAGAACAGCAUCACCCAGCAACAAGAAUCAAGAAUCACGUAGUAAUGGUAGACCACAAGCAGUGGAGGCAGUAGGCUAAUUCUGAAUGAGUAACACAAAUAUAUAGGAGCUUCUUGAAGUGCCAAAAUAUUGUCAACUACAUGCAAAUACUUGAACUACUUUAGAAGAGAGUAGACAAAUCAGAGAAGCGUACUGGUGAAAGUUUGAAUGAAUUCAGACCAAAAUUAGAAAGUUAGGAAUUUUUGAAAGUUACAGGCAUUAUUUCAAAUUUUCAAAAAUGUAUGAUUCAGGAUGGUCUUUUCUGUCGGAGGACCUGUAAUGAUAUACUCUCUACAAUAUAUUUCAAGUAGUGCUUCAAGGGUGAAUGCACUUGGGAGAAAACCAGUAAUUAGUGAUAUUUUUGUUCACGAUAAACAAGAGAGUUAUCCGUCAAUACGUCACAAUCAACUGACAAAAUUGCCAAUUUGAGAUUUGCAUAUGUGGAUCUCAACAUUCAUAACUCUCUUGAUUCAGACUUUCGCCUUUCAGCUUCUCUGAUUUGUAGGAUAUUUGAAACCCACGUAUCGUAAUGACUAGACCCUGAAGCAUCUCACAAAUGUCUUUGUGUGGUAUCAACAUGUAGACAUCUCUGUUCAGAUGUUGGUUUCAUGCAUUAAGUUUGUUUCUACAUACAUGUAUCAAGACUCUUUAAAUGUCUCAAACUCCAUACAACAAUUUGAAUGAAACUUGGGACGUUACUGUGAAGGAAAUGUAAGAUAAAGUUUGAAAAUGGACCAUGUACUUAUCCUGAUAAAGAAAAAUAACCAUACACUUUGCUAAAACAUGUUGUAUUAGUAUUUCAAAAUUAUGCCAAAGUGCAAAUUUACACGGUCUGAUCAAACUCUGAGUUUGGAUACCUUGGUCACUCAUUUGGGAAGGAUGAGUAGUGUUAGUAGCUAUUUUUUAAAUUUUAACAGACAGAUGCAAAUUAACUGCAAGAAAGUAUAGGAUCAAAGUUAAGGUACUGUAAGUGCAACCCAACGGCAAUCUUAGAUCGUACUAAUUUAGGUCAAUUUUGUCUCUCAUCCCUGCCCCUACAUCACAAACCACAGACCAUAACAAUUGGGAAUACUCGCUCCCCUCUGACGAAGACAUGUGCAUGGGGAGUCACCAUCGCCAUCCAUAGCCAUACUGGUAGAUCAAGUUGUAGUACAUAGGUGGUCUCUUGCUAAUCAUACAUUUGUCUGGAGAUCUAGAAUACUUUCAACUUUGUGCUCCUCUGUUUAAGAGUUCCUGCUUUGUUUUUCUUCAGGAUCAGUGUUUGGGCGGAUUGCCUUAAUCCACCAAACCUCCUUCUUGUUCCACCCGGCAAGAAGUUUCUUUUCAGAAGUGGAAGUACUUUCAUGCCGCAUUUUAUGCAACAUCUCCUUUAUGUCAUUACAUCUAAUUGCACCAAAUCAUUAUUUAAUUUUCCUUUGUUAUCGAUUUCAUAUCAUCCGUAAAUUUCAUUGCCCGAAGUGACAUCACUUUAGCUUCCGCAAGCAUGUCUCACAUUCCUUGUGCUUUAUAGUAGAUGGUGUUUUCUUUGUCGGAUCCCUUAUGUAUAGACUGUUUGAAUUUACGUGGAACUUUUUGGAGUUUUUUUAAGUUGCAGGAUUUCCACAGGUAGUGGGUAAAAUAUUGGACAAAACUGUCAUAGGCUUAGCCUAGGCUUUAGCAUCGUAUUCAUAGACCCUGACAGGUAAAAACAAUCAGUCAACAGAGUGGGUAUCAAACUUUGAUACUCAUUUUGAUUAAGAUUAUGUUCUACAAGUACAACAUUCACUAGGAACUUACCAGUCAAUAUUAAGAAGAUGUUUUGGAUGUUCAUCAUGAGGUGCAUCCCCAUCAUUCACGUCACCCUCAUCCAGUCUUGGCGGAGGUUCGUGUCUGAAUGGCAUUGGCAUUCUCACUGCACCUACCUGUGGCUGUUGCGCUGGUGCUUCAUCUCCCCAACUCCUAAACAGCAUUUCAUCUUUGGAUAGUAUACACAGAUGAAAUGCUGUUUAAAAAAUAGAUAGGUUGUAGAAAUAUGAACUGAACAGCCAGAUGUACAGUUCCUAUUGUAAACAACUUGUUUAAAGUUCAAACAGGUGAUACAAGUUUUACCCCCCAAAAGCUUUAAACAGUGUUUUCUCUGUGUAACUCUAACAUAAAUGACAUUUGAAAUCUAGUGCCACGAUCUCUUCGUCUGAUAGACCCUCCAAUCCAUGUGAGUAGACGAUGUGCAGCCAUCGCUCACAAUUGCAGCACCCUACCCAAUCCUCUGGGUCGUUGUCAUAUGUUCCUCUGCACUCUGGACAGGUGUUGACAUCAAUCGUAGCAGUAGAAUCCUCUUCGGUGUUCUUGGUCUUCUCCUUCCUCUUACCACCUUUCUUCACAUUAUUCUUCAUCUCUCGCUCCUCUUGAUCCUUUGCUUCCUGCUUCUCCCUUAGGUAUUUUAGGUAUGCAUCACUACUAAUACACUUGGGCUGAUCUUCCCUCUUUUGCCUCACUGUCUUCGCCUUCGUUAUCUGAGGAUAGCGAAGAUGCUUCUCAGGAGAAAGACCUCAAGAAGACGAGGAUGACGGAGCGGCAUCACCCUAUAGACCGGAGGCGGGGACGUUGAUCGUAACAUCAGAGACCUCCUCGUCCCUGUAUACAGAAGCACGAGCCAGCUUCUCAUCCUAGCAGCUCGGAAACCCGCUUGGACUAGCUCCUUCCUCUCAAAUGCUCGCAAAUGUGUAAUUUGUCACAUACUUUCCUAGGUGGUCCUGGCGAUAGAGACGCUCGUUGGCUUGCAUGGGCUGGGAGGGGGUACAGCUCUACGCCGGAUUCGUUACACAGCUUGCCAACCUGGUAGCUCACAUGGCUACUGUGCCCGUCCACCAGCAGCAGUACAGGCUUUGGGAUGUUCUGCUGCUCAACUAAUGGCAAGAAACUGUUGGCAAUGUAUUCAUAGAAUACUUCGCUGUUCAUCCAGCCUGUCUCACUGCGACCUAAGAAAGCACCAGCUGGGCCACCUUCCAGUGGGUUCUCCUUAAAUUUCUGGCCGGCAAGAACAAUAGUAGGUGGAAGAACGUCACCAGAUGCAGCUAUCAUCGCUAACACAGUUACUUGCGACUUGUUGCUUGAGCCUACUGCACUAACAGUGCGACUCCCCUUCGUUGCGAUGAUGCGACACACUUUCCCAAUGAGAGGCUAUCCUGUCUCGUCGCAAUUGAAUAUGUGGCGAGGUGAAGAAAGGAUCGAUAAGCACCCCAUUACUUUCGAGAUAGACACGCUGCUCCUCGUAGAAUUCGCCACUUUCAGGGGAAUGAUCAUGAAUAUGUUAACAACAUUCACAAAUCUGUUAAAGGCUCCUUACCAACCACUUUGUAAAAAGUGCAUGAUUUGUUUAUACUCAUUCGCCUUUAUGUUGCUGCUUACGCCAUCCGUAGAAUGGACGAUAGCAAGUACAAAUUAUUCCCAGGCGUGGAAAUUGUAAGUUGACUUUCGUCUGCUUUGGAAAUUUUCCCACUCUCUUUCUCUUUUGGCACAUAUUCUUUUUUUCCUGUUGUUUCCUGGUUUUGUUGAGCUCAGUAAAACUGGUUGAUGUUGAUUAAAAUUACGGCCCACUCAUCCAUGCGCUCCUCCAGCUGCCUCAGAUUAUCCAUGGUGAGUAUUGUUGGCCAAUCAUUGCCAAUGGAUCACACAGACACACAAAUGAUUUCUUUAUAAUUGCAGUCCACUCAUCCACAAGAUCCUCCAGGUGCCUCAGGUCAUGCAUCGUUAUUGUAGUUUGAGAUGCCUGUAUAUAAGGGGAACAAAUUUACUCCAUAAAAGGCAAGUUUACAAUACAUUAUCAAAAAUACAUAUUUAGAGCUUAUACCAUAAAGACACAGAGGUGGUAAAACUCCAUAUUAAAUCAACAUUAACAAAAAUGCUAAUGAGUGUCCACCUUGACUAUUAAAUCCAACUAACAUCUAAAUAAUUGCUUGUUGAUUUAUUGAAUAGGGUGAUACUCUUCAAUACCAGGGACCUCCAUUUUAUGUCCUAUCUAAGAGACAGAUAAUGCAUGGACAGUAAUAACUAAUACAUACAUACUACAUCACCACUACCACUAUUACUACUAUUUCCACUUCUACCUCUACUAUUACUAAGUUGUCUGUCAGUCUGAAUUUGUAAAAUUUAUUUUUGCAUUUUCGAUAAUACCCAAAAAGUUGAGCCUGGGAAUAGCCAACCUAGAUAUUGCGACACGAGAUGAGUCACGCAAAGUUUUGCGUGGAUCAAGUUUUGCAUAAAUAUGAUCAUCGCGCCAUCUCUAGGUUCUAGCGCUGUGUGUGAGUAUUACGAGAGUAAAUAUGUGUGUACAUGUGUGUAUGUGUUUGUAUGAUAUUCAUAGAGCUAUUUCAGCGCGGAUGUUGCAUGCACCCAAGAAUAGAUUCACAUCACCACCACACGAUUGUGCACAGAACCAAGAAUGGUUCACCACGUGUUUGGUCCAGUACUUCAGUUACUUGUUGGCUACUGUUAAUAGAUGACUUUAAGCAGACAAAUAACAAUAGUGCAGAGAAUAAUAUGAAUCGUUGCACCCACCCUAAAUUUUAUAAUGAUAUACAAAUAUUGUUAUUCAGUGUUUGCCGUAGGCUAUUCAAAGAAUUAAACAAAUAUUUGAUCUAGAACAAGAAUCUUCCAGUAGCUUAGGAUCGAGAGUCGAGUAUAUAUUGGAAGCAUGUGUGG